AUGCCAACGUGGAACGGCGACAAUGGCCCAGCAGCACCACCCCUCCCCUCCACAAUCUCCCCCUAUCACUACCUCCUCUCUUCAUCACUCCCUCUGCCCUCCACUCUGUCCCCCCUUUCCCCCUCCCCCCUUCCUUGCUCCCUCCCCCCUCCAUUCUUCUCUUCCCUCCCAGUGGAGUCCAGUGGAGUCCAUGUGGAUUAUGUGGGUGAUGCUAUACAAUGGAUAACGCUAUGGAUGACACAAAGAACACCAAUGCUCUCAAGAAACCGAAAGCACCAAAACAACCAUGGCCACCUCUGA